GAGUGGAGCUGGAGCUGGCAGAGUGCUCAGGGACCAUGCCUUACCUCCUCAUCAGCACCCAGAUCCGCAUGGAAGUUGGACCCACGAUGGUUGGGGAUGAGCAUUCUGAUCCAAACUUGAUGCACUAUCUUGGGGCCACAAAAAGAAAUAUGCUAGGAAACAACAGCUGGGAAUACUAUGUGCAGGAUGCCCCCCGGAUCGUCUUGGACAAACUGGAGAAAUGUGGUUACCGAGUGAUCAGCAUGACAGGAGUGGGGCAGACAUUGGUAUGGUGUCUCCACAAAGAAAGUACAGAGAACUCAGAUUUUCUGACUGCCCAAGAUAUUGCUGUAAACCACCCAGCAUAGGUUUGGCAUUGUUUUUCAAGUGUGUUGUACAUUUUUAGGCAUUAGGAAAGCAAAGCUAGUUCAAACCCUAUAUUCUGAAACAGCAAUCACUUCAAGAACAUUAUAGGAACAAAGGUGGCCAAGUUUAGCUUCUAAAGACUGUCAGGUUGGAACUUUCAUAAAGAGAUUUUUUGAGUAUUGAAUGCUGGUAAUGAGGUGUUAUCCCCAUUUGUUGCUACUAAGUGGAAACAACCUGGCAUUAUGAAAUUCACAGUGGAAGUAACAGCCUUAUUUGGUGCAGAAGAUGGUUAUUUCUGUAAAGGCUUAAUAAAAAGUUGCCAAAGAACAAGUUAGUCACAGUUAUGCACAAUGUGGUUUCAAGAUGAAAAAUAAGCUAUGGUGUCCUUGUUGAAAAUCCUGAGACUGUGAUAUGUGGAUUUUCAACUAUUUACAUGCACAUUGUAAACAAAAGAACUUGCAAAUAUCUCAGCAUGCUUUAUAAAUAUACCUGUUGCCCUUUCUUGCUGGAAUUACUGUGUUUUGAAUUAUGUGUACUGAAAUCAUUCCUGAAGUAAUUGGUAAAAUAAUAAAGAGUUUACAGAAGCAGG